AUGUCCAGCUUCCAUAUCCCACCCUACGGAGGAGGGGGGACACGCGGAGGAGGCAGAGGGGGGGUAUCCCCCGCCGGCGCUGGUGGUGGGAGCGGUUCGGGAACCGGGGGGGUCGGGGGGAAACAGACGUCAUCGCCGGCAAGGCGCAGGGGAGGAGCCGUCGGCGAUGAGGGGAGGCCCGUGUCGCGACAGCUAUCGAGGAGCUACUUCGUUCCCCGCAGCCUGGAAGGGUACGAGCGUCACCUGCGGCAGAUCCACUGCGAGGGCUACCUUCAGCGUCAGAGCCGCACGUCCGGGGCAUGGCGGCGGCGCUGGUUCCUCCUCAAGGACGGGUACCUGUCCUACUUCCAAGACCAAGAAGAGGCCGAGGGCUACCGCUCCAAAGAAGGGGGAUCGCAGUUUCAUCACCACCCCAGCUCGCUGCGGCAGCUCUCUCUCGACUGCGUGGAAGCCGUCAGGACAGAGGAGAAGAUCAGACCGCUCGUGUUCCGAGUGAUUUCCAGCCACCGCGAUGACCUUGUCCUUCGAGCCGAGUCAAAAGAGGCGAUGAACGACUGGCUUUUCGGAUUCCACCGCGCCCUUGCGAGCAUCAUCGCAAGGGUCGUCGGCAACAAGAGGGGGGGGGGCGAGAGCGGUGGCGACCCGGAGGGGGGGUGGGGCCCCACCGAGGCGGGGGGGGUAGGGGGCGAUGGCUAUGGGGAUGGGGGGAGGGGGGAUGGCGGUGAGGAUCGCGGAGGGGAGGGGGGGGUAGUGCACGACGACGGCGAGGCCGAAGCGACCGGCGACGGAAACGACGAAGACGGCGGCGGCAUCGGGUCCGUCUCCUCCCAGACCCCGCUGCUGCUGCCGCUGCAGGCGGAGGGAGGGCCAUGCGGCGGCGGCGGGGGCGGCGGCGGCGAGGGGAGAGGAGGGAGGCACCACCGCGUGGCCUCUCUCUGCACCGACGAGCGGCGGCGGCGCACGGAAAGCCUGGGGUGCUACGGUAACGACGGCUACGGGGGGUACGCGGAUUCGCCUUCUUAUGGGGGUGGGUACGGGUACGGAGGAGGAGGAGGCCACGUUAUCGGGGGGGGGGACGCGGCAGCAGCAGCAGCAGCAGUCGUGGCGGGGGGAGGGGGCGGUGUCGGCGGGGGCCCCGGGAUUUCGCUCGCGCGCGCUAGGUCCGCGGGGGGCGAGGCGUACGGAAGGGACGACGAAGACUUUGUUGCCGAGCUCGACUUCGUGUGCCAAGAGCGAGGGCAGCAGCAACAGCAGUCUCACGAUGGCGGCGACAGUGAUGGCGAUGCCGUCACAUGUCGGCAGCAGGCUCGGUCUAUCAGCGCGUCUGGAUACGGUUCAUCGGGGGACGAGGGCCGGAGUUCCGAGUCAGGCCACGGAUCCACUUCGGACGAGGGCAUCAUGUCCGAGGUCGGCAUGGCUCUCACGUCUCAGGAGGCCAUGGGACUGGGCUUGGGCAUGAACGUGGAGCCCCACUCGCUUCUGACGGCUGUGUCGGCCACGGCAACCGCGGCGGCGGCGGCGGCGGCUCAGGAGGAAUCGGCGAAGGACGUGCCUCCCGUAGCCAGACCCCUAUUUGGUGGUGGUGGUGGGGGUGGCAAAUACAUCCCACCAGCCAUGCGGGCGGCGGCCAGAGCAGAGGCGGCCGCAGCAGCAGCGGCGGCGGCGACGGCUGGCGGGGAGGGUGGGGGUAGCCCUUGCGCCCGCUGCGGGACCCCGUCUCCCAACGAAGCAGAGGAAGGGAUGAUGUUCGAUAUGGGCGCGAUGGACAUGGACUUGGGUCUGGCACCACCUCCGCGGUCGGCCACACCGCCCACCCCAGCGCCGCCGCCGCCACCGCCUCAGCAGCCCUCUGCAUCACCAGCACCCGCCUUCAUCGGUACCGGCGGUGGUGGUGGCGCAAACGGCAGCAACCAUGUGCUCGGGCCGUUAGGGGGAGGUGGGAUGGGGCUGAGAGCUUCGAGGGGAUCAGGGUUCCCGUGGCCUCCGGCGAACAGGGAGCCCUCUCUGGCGCAACUUAGCUGGUGGAUAGACCGGUCGAGUCCUGAGCUCGUUCCCCGGGCGGAGGUGGGGGUGACGGGGAUUGCGGACGGGGUGGGGGGGGAGGUGGGCCUCGCCCAGGGGUACUUCGGCGUGUACGAUGGCCACUGCGGGUCGGAGGCGGUGCAGUACGUGCGCGAUCGCCUGCAUGCCGUCGUUGGAGAGCACCCCUCCUUCUGGAAGGAACCGAAACGAGCGAUAAGGGAGUCCUUCGUGUCUCUGGACGAGCAGUUCUUGUUGCUGGCGGGGGAAAGGGAGUGGUACAGCGGAACUACUGUGCUGGUCGCCUUGAUGAGAGGGAGGAAGCUGCUGAUUGGAAACGUGGGCGAUGGGGAGGCGGUUCUCUGCAGGGGGGACGAUGUCGUGCACAUGUCCCCGGUGCACGACCCCGAGCUGUUUCUGCGACAGCUCAAGCAGAUGGACCUCGACGACCCGCAGAUCAGAAUGGCAGCAACCGAACAUGUCCGAUGGACCACGAUCACCAGAGUUUGCGGGGAGCUAGCGGUGUCUCGAUCCAUCGGCGACCGUGACUUCAAGGGUUUCACCAAGAGGAGGGUUGAGCAGGGCACGGACGGAGUAGCUCCAGAAGACAUGCCGGUGUUGUUCGCGUGGCCACACGGACACUCGGGAGAGUUUCACGACGACCUCCUCACGGCGGAGCCUGAGUUUCAGGAGGCGGAGAUAGGCCUGGACGACGAGUUCUUGCUGAUGGCGUGCGACGGGCUGUGGGACGUGCUCGGCAAGCGCGAGGCGGUCGACUACGCCAAGAACUUCUUUGACGAGCAAGACGGGUAA